AUGAAGAUGCAAAAAUCAUUUGAUAGGAAAUAUGUUCCUCUUAAUAGCUAUGAGAUUUUCUUUGCUUCUCUACUUGCAAUUUUUGUGUGUAUUUGUGUUGGAUUGAUUGUACUGUCUUGGUUAUCAAUCCAGGAGUUGGAACGAGCUGAAGCAGAUGUGAAUACUCAUGACUAUGUGGGAAUAUUUAAAAUAGCCUCUGGCACGUCUUUCACUUCAACCUUACAAAACAGUUCAUCAGCUGAUUUCAAAGUCCUUGCCUUUGAUGUCGAAAAAUUGAUACAAAAUAUCUUUCAAGAAAGUGAUCUGAAAUACAAAUUUGAGAGAUGUGAAAUUUCCCAGUUCAAGAAAUCUGAAGAUGGCCAUGGCAGAUUGACAUCAGAGACCAGCGUGGUUGUGAUCUUCACCCUUUACUUUACCAAGAUGGUAACAGUUGAGAAAAUAAAAAAUGAGCUGGUUUUGGGUGUCGUUGCAAAUAACCCUAAUCCUACCAAGGCUUUGAAAAUUGAUGUGAACAGCAUACAAAUCAUAGAAAAACAAACUGCUUUGGGAGAGGUGCACCCAGGGAAGUGGCUCUAUAUUCCUGUAGAGCCUAGGUGCUCCCAGAGAUCAAGAGGCAGAGUUUUAACCUUGGGUUGUGUUUGUCCAGGUUCAGGACAGGUCACCACAAGCAAGUCCUCAACAACAGUGGCUGAGUGUUUGCCACCUGCUGAACUCUGUGCUGAUGGUGCAACCUGCAUUAGUAAAAAUUUCUUUUGUGAUGGAGUCUUGAACUGCCCAGAUGGUUCGGAUGAAUCUGAAAAAAGAUGUGCUGCAGUUUGUGAUGGAAAAUUCAUGUUGACUGGUACCUCUGGGUUUUUUCACUCUAUGAAUUAUCCAAAGCCAUAUAAUGAAAACAUUGUUUGCCAGUGGAUAAUAGUAGUACCUCAAGGGCUGUCCAUUAAACUGAACUUCACUUCUUUUGAAACACAACCAUAUGCAGAUGUGCUGAGUAUUUUUGAAGGAUUAGGACAAAAUAAGGUUUUAAGAGCUUCUCUGUCAGGGACCAAUCUUGAAACAAUUUACAUUUUUUCUCAUGAGGCUACAGCACAAUUUAUGUCUGAUUAUUCAGAGAAUUAUAAUGGCUUUAAUGCAACAUACACUGCAUUUAAUGAGAGUGAACUAAACAAUUAUGAGAAAAUCAAUUGCACUUUUGAAGACGGGUUUUGUUUCUGGAUACAAGAUUUAGAUGAUGAUUCAGACUGGGACAGAGUUCAGGGUCCUACCUUUCCCUUCAUGAGUGGUCCUGAAUUUGAUCAUACAUUUGGCAACUUUUCAGGAUAUUAUAUUUCAACACCCAUUCGACCUGGAUUCAUAGAAGAGCGAGUCAGAAUUCUGAGUUUGCCUUUGGUCCCUUCAGAUACAUAUUGUCUAAGCUUUUGGUAUUUCAUGUAUGGGGAUAAUGUUUAUCGUUUAAGAGUUAGCAUAAGUGAUGAGCAUGGUCAGGAAAAAAUAAUUUUCAAGAAAGAAGGAAACUAUGGAAACAACUGGAAUUAUGGACAAGUAACUUUAAAUGAAACAUCUCAUUUUAAGGUUAUUUUUGAUGCCUUUAAAAGGCGUGGUCGUAGUGAUAUUGCCGUGGACGACACUGGCCUGACGAAGGGAAAGUGCAAUGAAGAAAAUUAUGUGGAGCCAACUGUGAGGCCAACUGCUGCUACCACCCCAUUAGUUCCUACUGACUGUGGAGGGCCAGUUGAACUCUGGGAGCCAAACAGUACAUUCAGCUCUGCAAACUUUCCAAACAAUUACCCUAAUUUAGCUUUUUGUGUGUGGUACUUGAAUGCUGAAAAUGGAAAAAACAUCCAACUUCAUUUUCAGUUUUUUGAUCUAGAAAGUAUUCAUGAUGUGGUUGAAAUCAGAGAUGGCAGAGGACCAGAUUCCUUACUUUUGGCUGUCUACACAGAGAAAGGCCCACUGCCAGAUGUCUUCUCCACAACAAACCAGAUGACAGUGAUCCUCCGCACAGACAAGUCUGUAACAAGGAAAGGAUUUCUUGCAAACUUUAUUACUGGCUACCAUCUAAGGGCUUGCAGAGUUGAUGAGCAUCAGUGUGGUAGUGGGAAAUGCAUCCCAUUGCACAACCUGUGUGACAACAUACCUCAGUGUGAAGACGGCUCUGACGAAGCAAAAUGCAUGAGAUUACUCAAUGGCUCUCUGAUCACCGAAGGGCUGGUCCAGGCCAGGGUUGGGAAGAUGUGGCACCUGGCAUGUGCAGAUGAUUGGAGUGGAGAGAUUGCAGACAGUGUUUGCCAGCUGCUGGGGCUGGGGGAUGCAAAUAUGUCAUCAGCUGUAUUAUUCACUGGAGAUGGCCCAUUUGUCACCAUCACCAAAGGAGGUAAACACAGCCUAAUUUUUACAAAAAGAGAACACUGUUUGGACAACCUGGUGGUUCAUCUGCAAUGUAACAUUCAAUCUUGUGGAAAACACCUGGCAACUCAGAAUAAUGGAACAAGAAUUAUAGGUGGAAACGAUGCCAGAAAAGAGGCUUGGCCUUGGAUAGUUUCACUCCAUUUUAAUUUCCAACCCGUUUGUGGAGCUUCCCUUGUCAGUGACGAGUGGCUGGUGACAGCAGCACAUUGUGUCUAUGGGAGACAACUAAAGCCAUCCCGCUGGCGAGCGGUUCUGGGCUUGUACAGUCAGUCAGAUCUGGCCCAGCCUCCAGCAGCGGUUCGAAACAUCGACAGAAUCAUCAUAAAUCCUCAUUACAUGAAGCAAACAAAAGACAGUGAUAUUGCUCUGAUGCACCUUCAACACAAAGUGCAGUAUACAGAUUACAUACAACCUAUCUGCCUACCAGAAAAAAAUCAACAGUUUUUACCAGGAAUUAAGUGCUCCAUUGCUGGCUGGGGAAAUAUUAGGAAUGAAGGUCCCUCUUCAAAUAUAUUGCAAGAAGCAGAGGUCCCUCUCCUUUCUAAUGAAAAAUGCCAGCAAUGGAUGCCAAAAUAUAACAUUACUGAGAAUAUGCUCUGUGCAGGAUAUGACAUGGGAGGAAUAGAUUCCUGCCAGGGGGAUUCAGGUGGUCCUCUGACAUUUGAAGACGGAGACAAGUGGUUUUUGGUUGGUGUAAUAUCAUUUGGAGAACGGUGUGCACUUCCCCAACGACCAGGAGUGUAUGUUCGAGUCACCAUGUUUGUGGACUGGAUCAAAAACAUCAUCUAUUAGCUUGAUAUGUUUUAAUUAUAGCAAUGGAAUUUAGAUGUUGAAAGUAAGACAUUGCAUAACGAUGUAAACUAGGCUGCCAUUUCAAUCUCACAGAGAAACUGAAUAAAUACAUAAAUCUUGGUGAGGAAAACAUUGGUAACUUCUGCUACCAAUGUUAAUAAGACCCAUUCCCAAAGAGCGGAAUAUUUCAAAAGUGAUGCUGUGGUUUUGUUAAUAAAUAGUUUUGUCAUUUUACUUUUUGUUUUAUAUAGGAUCUUGGGAAAACAGAUUCUUUGAACAUCAGUGCAUUAACUGCACAGUGGAGGGUUUUACAAACCAUGGGCAGUAAAAAAAUAUUUGCAAACUGUAAAUGCUGUAGUGGAAAAGGAUCAAAAUUGUUAAUAACAGGUGAAAUAUUAUCUGGUUUAUAUUUUUGCAUUGUGUUUUUCAGUGUGCAAUUUCAUAUCAAUGCAGAGUCAACUCUUCCCAGCAAUCUCUCUGCAUAUCAAAAUUAAGGUGCUUUAAACUGGGCUCGUGGAGUUCCUCCACCUUGCCUGUUAUAAAAAGCUCUUCUGGAGUGAGGUUUAUGGAUUGUGCAGAAAGGCUGACCAUGGAUCAUGCUGCUUUCUAAUGAAUAAGCUGAAUGUCAGCCAAAUGUUCUCUCUUGCAUAAUGUGUUUGGAAUUAAUAGAGUUAAAAAAGGAUUAAAUAGAGCUUUUUAGUUUUCUUUCUAGGCAAGUGUUUGGCAAUUAUUCAAACAAUUAUAGAGAUGGGCUUUUCCACACCCAGCCACAGACUCACAAUACUGCAACUUCUUCUCAUAAAAAGUUAUGGUUUUAAAAAUAUUUGACAAUAAUGAGUACCAGUUCUCCCUCAUGAAUAAUAGUGUUUCUAUAUUGCAUGCUUUUUCUGUGCUGGUGAUCUUUAAUACACAUUUUAUGCUUUGUGAAAAAACCAGCAGGGUAUCCCAUUGCAGCAUUCUAAAGAGGAAAGAAUAUGAAAACAUAAAUAAGGAGUUUAUCUUCUUGAGUUCUUUUAUAAAUAUGUUUCUAUUAAAAUAUAAUUACUUACUUGUUCAAAUGCCUUAAAUUCUAUGGUGUCUUAGUGUAAUAUGAUGCACUUAUUUAUUUCUGUUUUCAGACCAGUGUAGAACUUUGAUGUGUUUAUCAUUCCACUGUACCGAAAUUACAAAAUGCAUUCUCACUUGCUGUAUAAGUUUAUCUACACAUAUAUACACCAGUGUUAUAAGCUCCUGGAUUUGGUUCUUACAACCCUAAAUGAAGGUAUGAAGUGCUUGCAAACAGAGUUUGGCAGUCAUGGAUUAAAAAAAAAAAAGUUCUAAACUGAUUUCAGAUCUUUGUAAGAAUUAGAGAACCAGGUCCAGACCAAAAUCUGCAGCUUUAUCAAGAUAUCUGUGAUCACAAAGAACACAGGUAAACGUAAUUAUGACAGAGAGAAGGUAAGAAAGUGUUUUAGACAAAGUCUCUCAUAUGAAAGACACAGUUUUUUAACAUUAAAAUGUUAGAGUUGAAAAUUUUAUCUUUCAUAGUGAACCAUUGUUUCUCCUAUUGCUCUAAAAAUAAGAAUAUUUUGCUACCAAUAUAAAUUUAUUUGGAUGAAGCAAUUACAUUA